AUGGAGGAGGCUGAGCACGUGCCCCCAGAGCUGUGGGAGCCCUUCUAUACCGACCAGUAUGCACAGGAGCACGUGAAGCCCCCGGUGACGCGGCUCCUGCUCUCGGCCGAGCUCUACUGCCGGGCCUGGCGCCAGGCGCUGCCGCAGCUCGAGACACCCCCCAGCCCUUCUGCGCUGCUGGCCCUGCUUGCUCGGAGGGGCACGGUGCCCGCGCUGCCAGAGCGCCCGGUGCGUGAGGCGGACCUGAAGCACCAGCCCAUUCUCAUGGGAGCCCACCUGGCUGUCAUCGACGCCCUCAUGGUUGCCUUUGCCUUCGAGUGGACAAAGACGCUGCCGGGUCCCUUGGCCCUGACCAGCUUGGAGCACAAGCUCCUUUUCUGGGUGGACACGACGGUCCGGCGGCUGCAGGAAAAGACGGAGCAGGAAGCUGCCCAGCGAGCUUCUCCCGCCGCCCCUACAGAUGGGGCGGCCCCAUCUCAGCCCUCGUGCCCCACACGCUGGUACUGGAAGCUGGUUCCUCACGCAAUUGCCUUCUGUUUGAAGGAGUCGGGGAGCAAACCCCCCAUGAUCCGAUACCGCAAGGACCGUGCUGUGGCCCGACGCGCCCCCUGCUUUCCGACCGUGACUACGCUUCAGGACUUGGCCAGUGGGGCUGCGCUGGCUGCCACAAUCCACUGCUAUUGUCCCCAGCUGUUGCGACUCGAGGAGGUGUGCCUCAAGGACCCCAUGUCCGUGGCGGACAGCCUGUACAACCUCCAGCUGGUGCAAGAUUUCUGUGCCUCCCGCCUCCCGCGGGGCUGCCCUCUUUCCCUGGAGGACUUGCUUUAUGUCCCACCACCGCUCAAGGUCAACCUGGUCGUGCUGCUGGCCGAGAUGUUCAUGUGCUUUGAGGUGCUCAAGCCCGACUUCGUGCAGGCCAAGGACUUGCCCGACGGUCACGCCGCCUCCCCCCGGGGCACCGAGGCCUCCCAACCUCAGAAUGGCGGUGGCAGCAGUUCUCCCGUCUUCAACUUCCGCCACCCGCUCCUGUCACCAGGCGGCCCCCAGUCUCCGCUCCGAGGAUCCACAGGCUCCCUGAAGUCCUCCCCGUCCAUGUCCCACAUGGAGGCCCUCGGCAAGGCCUGGAACCGGCAGCUCAGCCGUCCCCUCUCCCAGGCUGUGUCAUUCAGCACCCCCUUUGGCCUGGACAGCGACGUGGACGUCGUCAUGGGAGACCCUGUCCUCCUCCGCUCGGUCAGCUCGGACAGUCUGGGUCCCCCUCGUCCUGUGCCGGCCCGGACCCCCACCCAGCCGCCCCCGGAGCCUGGUGACCUGCCUACCAUCGAGGAGGCCCUGCAGAUCAUCCACAGCGCCGAGCCCCGGCUGCUCCCAGACGGGGCUGCUGACGGCAGCUUCUACCUCCACUCCCCAGAGGGGCCCUCCAAGCCAGCCCUGGCCCCCCCCUACCUGCCCGAGGGGGCCUCCAAACCUCUGUCCGACGGGCCCACCAAAGCACCCGUCUACCUGCCGCACCCCGAGGCCCCCUCGAAACCAUCUCCCUGCCCGGUGGGGGAGGUAUCGAAAUCGCCAGUCCCCCCUGAGGGCUCCCCGGUGGCCACCAACUCUGAAGUGAAGAUGACCAGCUUCGCCGAACGCAAGAAGCAGCUGGUGAAGGCAGAGGCUGAGGCCGGAGCAGGGUCCCCCACGUCUACCCCAGUCCCACCCGAGGCCCUGAGCUCUGAGAUGAGUGAGCUGGGGGCCCGGCUGGAGGAGAAGCGCAGGGCCAUAGAGGCUCAGAAGCGGCGGAUCGAGGCCAUCUUCGCCAAGCACCGCCAGCGCCUGGGCAAGAGCGCCUUCCUGCAGGUGCAGCCCCGGGAGGCCUCGGGGGAUGCGGAUGUGGAGGCAGAGCCCUGCCUGGCCCCUGGUGGGGAGCGGCCGGCAGGCGAGGGCCAGGGCGAGCCGACCUCCAGGCCCAAGUCAGUGACCUUCUCCCCGGAGCUGGGCCCGGUGCCCCCCGAGGGACUGGGGGAGUACAACCGAGCGGUCAGCAAGCUGAGUGCUGCGCUGAGCUCGCUGCAGCGGGACAUGCAGAGGCUCACGGACCAGCAGCAGCGGCUCCUGGCCCCGCCGGAGGCCCCCGGACCCGCCCCACCCCCUGCUGCCUGGGUCAUCCCUGGCCCCACGACAGGGUCCAAGGCCGCAUCCCCCAGCCCUGCCCGGCGCACCCUGGCCGCCCGACGCAGCCCUGGGCCUGGGCCCAGCCCAGCGCCCCGCAGCCCGAAGCACGCGCGGCCGGCAGAGCUGCGGCUGGCGCCCCUGACCAGGGUGCUCACGCCACCCCACGACGUGGACAGCCUCCCCCACCUGCGCAAGUUCUCGCCGAGCCAGGUGCCCGUGCAGACGCGCUCCUCCAUCCUCCUGGCCGAGGGGCCGCCUCCCGAGGAGCCCGUGGCCCGGCCCAGCCUCAUUGAGAUCCCGCUGGGCAGCCUGGAAGAGCCCCCCGCUGGGGACGAGGGUGACGGGAGCCCCCCUGGUGCCGAGGAUUCGUUGGAGGAAGAGGUGUCUUCAGAGGGGGAGCCCCGGGCCGGGCUGGGGUUCUUCUACAAGGACGACGACAAGCCUGAGGAUGAGAUGGCGCAAAAGCGGGCCAGCCUGCUGGAGCGGCAGCAGCGGCGGGCGGAGGAGGCGAGGCGGCGCAAACAGUGGCAGGAGGCGGAGAAGGAGCAGCGGAGGGAGGAGGCUGUGAGGCUAGCCCAGGAGGAGGCCCCUGCAGCUCCCGCAGCCCCCACGGCGACCCCGGCCCCCGCCGCUCGGGCCCCAGCCGAGGAGGAGGUGGGCCCCCGGCGCGGGGAGUUCACGCGGCUGGAGUACGAGCGCCGGGCCCAGCUGAAGCUGAUGGACGACCUCGACAAGGUGCUGCGGCCCCGGGCCGCGGGGACCGGGGGGCCGGGUCGGGGCGGGCGGAGGGCCCCCCGGCCACGCUCUGGUUGCUGCGAUGACUCGGCCUUGGCGCGAAGCCCAGCCCGCGGACUGCUGGGUUCUCGGCUCAGCAAGAUCUACUCCCAGUCCACCCUGUCCUUGUCCACUGUGGCCAACGAGGCCCCCAAUAACCUCGGUGUGAAGAGACCGACGUCUCGGGCUCCAUCCCCAUCAGGCCUUAUGUCCCCGAGCCGCCUGCCUGGUAGCCGUGAGCGCGACUGGGAGAACGGCAGCAACGCCUCCUCCCCGGCGUCGGUGCCCGAGUACACAGGUCCGCGGCUGUACAAGGAGCCCAGCGCCAAGUCCAACAAGUUCAUCAUCCACAACGCCCUGUCGCACUGCUGCCUGGCAGGCAAGGUGAACGAGCCACAGAAGAACCGCAUUCUCGAGGAAAUUGAGAAGAGCAAGGCCAACCACUUCCUGAUCCUCUUUCGAGACUCGAGCUGCCAGUUCCGGGCGCUCUACACGCUGUCAGGGGAGACGGAGGAGCUGUCGCGGCUGGCGGGCUACGGGCCCCGGACCGUCACGCCUGCCAUGGUCGAGGGUAUCUACAAGUACAACUCGGACCGCAAGCGCUUCACCCAGAUCCCCGCCAAGACCAUGUCCAUGAGCGUCGAUGCCUUCACCAUCCAGGGACACCUCUGGCAGAGCAAGAAGCCCACCACUCCCAAGAAGGGCGGCAGCACCCCCAAAUAGCCCCGCCCCCUGGAGGACAGUCCGUUGGUAUUCCUGGGUCCUGUCUGUCCCCAACUUUGUCUGGGGGGGGCUGGAGUCCCCACCCCCUGACUUGAGUCCAGUCCUGCUGUGGGGGGGCUGAGCUGGGAGGUUCAGGGACUCAGGGCUCAGCUCAGUCCCCUUGUCUGUCCUCCCCACCUUCUUGAAUAAAAUAAUUUAAUGAGAAG